ACUGAAGGGGAAGAGCUGGUAUACCUGUGCCAGACUGAAGGGGAGGAGCUGGUAUACCUGUGCCAGACUGAAGGGGAGGAGCAGGUACACCUGUGCAAGACUGAAGGGGAGGAGCCGGUACACCUGUGCAAGACUGAAGGGGAGGAGCCGGUACACCUGUGCAAGACUGCAGGGGAGGAGCCGGUACACCUGUGCAAGACUGAAGGGGAGGAGCCGGUACACCUGUGCAAGGCUGGAGGGGAGGAGCCGGUACACCUGUGCCAGACUGGAGGGGAGGAGCCAGUACACCUGAGCAAGACGGAAGGGGAGGAGCCAGUACACCUGUUCAAGACUGAAGGGGAGGAACCAGUACACCUGUGCAAGGUUGAAGGGCAGGAGCCGGUACACCUGUGCAAGACUGGAGGGGAGGAGCCGGUACACCUGUGCAAGACUGGAGGGGAGGAGCUGGUACACCUGUGCAAGACUGAAGGGGAGGAGCCGGUACACCUGUGCAAGACUGGAGGGGAGGAGCUGGUACACCUGUACAAGACU